GUCACCCCAAGCACUUGGCCCCUGACAGUAACCACCUGCACUUUAUCGAUCCAGCCGUACCGAUCUGAGCAGCACCUUUUUGACCAUGGUAUUUCAGUCUGCAUGACUGCCGGGCAAUCGAUAUGAUACCUCGCCGGUUCUUUGCUCUGGCCGUUUUCUGCGGUGUCGCCCUUAUCUCUCUGUUCCUAUUCUCGCGCCGGAGCGAGGUGACCCUCUCGGUGCCAGUGCCGAUUCCCGACAGUUGGGCAGACACGCUUGAGCAAACAUGGGAGCAGGCCUGGCAGUCCAGCGGCUAUAACAAACAGGAUGACGCUCACGACGAUAAUCAGAAAUGGGAGAGCCCCCCCAAAAAGCCGGGAUUUAUACAGGGCGAGCCAGGUGGAAAAGAAGCUGGAAGCAACACCAAACCUCUGGCUGUAGGAACGGCUACACCGCACGGCACGGGCUCCUAUCUAAAGCCGACGCCGUUUCCUCCGCCAGAUCCUCCAUUACCAGACGUGGUGAAUGUCGCAAUCGUGGAGUCUGGAGGCACAAACGAAGAGACGACCGCAGCGCUGAUCAACGCUUUCGGUACUCAGAACUAUACACAGUUGAGCUUAUACAUGUUGCAGCAGCGCUAUGGAAUUGGCGAAAUCAUAAACAAUUUCAACCUGUCGCACCCCAUUCUCGUUAACAAGUCUUCAGAAGACUUCGAAGCUGCCGUCAGGGCAGAUGAUGUCUCGCCGCAUAUUAUAGUGUCGGCGACAUGCGAGGCUGACUUGUUAGCACUUAACGAGCCGUUGACGAAGCUCCUGGAACGAAAGGAUACAUAUCUUUUCUGCGUGAUUCAUCAGCCUGAACGGUGGGUUGAGCAGAACUUGAUCGAGAAGCUGCAACCCUGGAUCAAUGCUCAGCUCGUGGAUCUCGUGGCGCUGAGCCAUCACACAGCACGCUACCUGCGUACAGAUGUGAUCAACGCAUGGGAUUUCAAUGCCACAGUGACGGUUCGGCAUCUGGCUCCCCUCUUCCCGAUGCAACUACCGAACGACGAGCUCGCACGCGCCAUGUCUUCGACCCUCGGUGCAGAUACAUUCCAGUACCCGAUUGCCAUGCACGGCGAUUUCGAUGCCACCAGACACAACUAUUCUGAAGUAUUUGACAAGAUUGUCGAGCUCAAGGAUCGCGUGAAAAAGGGCGUGAAAAUUGAGACCAAGGAAGAGACCAAAAUUGAAAAGCGUGAGAUCAGUCUGCACAUCCUCGGUGAGCGGGCUCCACCGGAUGUGCCUAAGAAGGUCAAGCCGCUGCUCAGCGUCGACCAUGCUCUCCCACUUCAAGAGCAAUACGAAAUCCUCUCCAAAUCGUACAUCCUUCUCCCGGCGUUCUCGUUUGGCUCCGAAAGCGACUACCUCUCCAAACUUGCCUCAUGGUGCAUACCUGCCGCACUCAUCGCGGGCGUGCCUUUCGCGGCGGACGACAAUAUACUGGACGCAUAUGGAUACGUGAGCCGUGAGGCAGUCUGGUACAGGCUCGAAAGCGAGGAUGAAAUGAAAAUCGCCGAACGGGUGCUCAUGUGGAGCGAGGAGGAGCACCGAAGGAAGAAGGCUUCCGUGAGGAAACACACGCAGCUGAUCAUCCAACGACAGCUCGGCGUUGUGGACGAGUGGAUCAGGAUGGGCAUUCGCAGAGCGGAGAGGGCUGGAUGGAGAAUGAAGGCAGACAAUGGCGAAGGACAUGUAGCCGAUGCGCCAGGGCCCGAGGACGGUAUCAACGAUAUGUGGUGGUGAAAAGCUAUGCGAAGCACACCUGCACACACCAUGUUUGAGGGGGAGUUCUGGAUGGGACUCUUGCAUUUGCGGCGUAUUGGACUCAUUGCAUGUCGUCGAUUGAUCUGUAAGAUAUUGGCUUAGCGUAAGUCCUUACGGACUUAUCAUAGCGAUGCUAUACAGCCGGGCCUUAGAAGUCCUACUAAAUUCACGUUUAUUUUGGUUCUA